CUUUCUAUUGCCUAGUCAGAUCCAACAAAGCCCCAGUGAGUGACGAAGUUAAUUAAGUGAAAACUAAAUGCAUUUCUUCUUUUCCUUUUUUAGAAUUGUUUGGUUUUGUUCUCUCUCACAAUUUGUUUCUUGACCAUGAAAUUCACUUCUUUCUUUCUAUUAUACCUAAGCAGAUCCAACAAAGCCCCAGAGAGUGACCAAAUUAAUUUAUCUGAUUUAGCAUUGGGUUAUAAGUUACAACAAUAUCUACAGCCUUAGUUUCAAAAUUUUGAGACUAGUUAUGGAUCCUUCACAGACAUUUAGCAGUAGCCCAGAAUUGGCAAAUUUCGUAGUCAGCUCUGGUGUCCUGAACCAAUCCUUGGCAACAGUUCAGGACCUCCAUGGAGAAAUGAUCAAUCAAAAUGAACACCCAGUAAGACACAAAGUUUCUCAGCAACCAAACUGUACCUUCAUAGCUUUUUCUACUUUGCCUGCUUGUGGCAAAGACUAUAUUCAGGAAAGAGGAGAUUUGGUUUCAUCAUCAACUCUAAAGGAGUCUUUUCCUCUCUUCAAUUUUCUGAGCAACAAAAACAACCCAGAUUUCUCCAUUAACAAAGCUGCACUUGAGCUUUUUGCCUCCAUCAGUGACAGGCUCCCCACCUUGAAAUCUCAGAUUGACAAUUCCAAAGUAUUAAUUAUCACUGGAAACUCAUUUGGAGGAUCUGUUGCCACUCUCUUUACCUUAUGGCUGCUAGAAACAAUCGAUUUUUCAAUCACAAAACGCCCACUUUGCAUCACUUUUGGUUCACCCCUUAUUGGCGAUAAUGGCCUGCAAAAUGCCAUAUUUAAAUACCCAACAUGGAACUCUUGUUUUCUGCAUGUAGUUUCUGAUCAAGAUCCAGUCCCAAGAGUCCUAAUUUCACCCCACAAUCCUCCUGCGACUGAAUUGGCUUCACAAACAAAUGUCUACAAGCCUUUUGGGACUUUUCUCUUGUGUUCAGAAUCUGGAUGUGGUUGUUUUGAGGACUCUCAAACCAUUUUGGAGUUGUUGACGGCUACCUACUCAGACGGUCCUGGAAAUGAAAAUCCUAAUCAAGUUUUGGAGCUCUACAGAAAGAUUGUGGAAUAUCUCAAUUGUAAGGUAAUUUGUGGGGAUACCACAGGGUUGCUUCAAUGGACUACACUUCCACUACGUGCAGGCAUUAUUAUACAGUUAGUAGCAACUAGACUAAUGCGACCACAGUUACAAGGGCAGAACAAUGGGCUCGACAAUCUGAUUACAAAGAUAGAGAAACAGGAAACGAAAUUGGCAGAGUCCAGGAGGCAGGGUUUUGAUCCUUCCAAGAAGUUGAAUAAAAUGAAAAUAAAUAUGGCCUACCUUGAAUGGUACAAGAAGUGUUUUAAGGAAAAGGGAAUUGGAUAUUAUGAUAGCUUCAAGAGUGGAAGCUCCCAAAGUGAUAUUAAGGUGGUAGAGUUUAAGACAAUCCUCACUCAUUAUUGGGUAGACAUGGUCGAUGAAGCAGAGAAAAAGCCUCAGAAAGAAGGUGCAUCCUUUCGUACUCGAUGGCUCGGUGCAGGAACAAAUUUUCGACGUAUGAUUGAACCACUGGACAUAGCUGAAUACUACAAGGGUGGUGGACAAGACUACAUAAAGUCAGGAAGGCCUGUGCAUUACAAAAAAUUGGAGCAAUGGUUGAAAGAAAAACCUGCAAGUGUUCCAAAUAAAUUGAAGAAACAAAACGUGGCCUCAAGUCUAACAGAGGAUUCUUGCUUUUGGGCACAUGUUGAGGAGGCUCACAUUUCAUGCAAAUUGCUGAGUAGCGGAGAAUCAAGUGAUAUGGAGAAAGAAUUGAAAAAACUGCUUGAGUUUGAAAACUAUGUGUAUGGUUUGAUGAAAUAUUAUGCAGUAUCACCUGAGAUUUUCUUGCCACAAAGCAGCUUCAUGCAAUGGUGGAAAGAGUAUAAAGAGAUAAUGGGAACUUCUUAUAGUUCAAAUCUCAGUAACCUAAUGAAGGAUCACGACAAGUAUGCUAUUGGCUCCCUAGAGAUUCCUUGAAAUUUUAUAUGAUAUAGAUCGCAUAUUUCAAUAUUUAUGUAUGCACUUUCCUUCAAACAUGUGUGGUAUUUUGAAUUCAUUCCUCAAUAAAUUGUAAAUUAAGGACAGCAUCUUUUUAAUUUCUUUUUUGUUUUUAUU